GUGGCAGCUGAGUGAGAUUUCUGGAGAUUUUAAAAUCAGGAACAGAGCGCAAGAGGAACCUGACAGUGUCAGAGAUCGGCGAGAGCUGCGGAAUAUUCCGGCUGAAGGAAUCUUCUACACUCUUUGAACAUGCGAUACUUCUCUCCCUGUCUUCUUUGGAUCAGCUGGUGCUAUGUGUCGCAAACACGAGCAGAAUUCUUCACGUCCAUCGGUCAAAUGACAGAUUUGAUUUACUUGGAAAAAGACCUGGUCAAAUCUCUGAAAGAAUAUAUCACUGCAGAAGAAGCCAAGUUAUCAGCAAUUAAAAGCUGGGCUGAAAAGCUGGAUGAACUGACACACACUUCGACCUCUGACCCAGAAGGCUAUCUGGGCCAUCCAGUAAACGCAUACAAGCUAAUGAAGAGAUUGAACACAGAGUGGCUGAGACUGGAAAGCUUGGUUCUGCAGCACACUUCUGGUGACUUCAUUGCUAAUCUGUCAAUUCAGCGACAGCACUUCCCCACAGAUGAAGACGAGAGCGGAGCAGCAAAAGCCCUCAUGCGUCUCCAGGACACGUAUCGGCUGGAUUCGGAUAGUAUUUCCAAGGGCAGGCUGCCAGGUGUACAGGACCUGGUCUCGCUCUUGGUCGAUGACUGCUUUGAGUUGGGAAAGGUCGCUUAUAAUGAUGGCGACUACUACCACACGCUUCUGUGGAUGGAGCAAACCCUCAAGCAGCUGGAGGAAGGAGAGACCGGUGGAGUCACCAAGGCUGAAGUGCUGGACUAUCUCAGCUACUCCGUAUACCAGAUGGGGGACCUGCGUCGUGCUAUCAAACUGACAAAGCGCCUGAUAGCUGCUGAUCCAAAACACUUAAGAGCCAAGAGUAACCUCAACUAUUUUAAUAACCUACUAAGACAACAGAAGCAAGCUGAUGAAGAGUCAGACGUAGAAUCCUCUGAAUCUCAGGGUGUGAAAUAUACACCACCAGUUGACUACUUACCCGAGCGGGAUACUUAUGAAGCUCUGUGCCGAGGGGAAGGAAUUAAGAUGACUGCUCGAAGACAAAGGCGGCUGUUCUGUCGUUACCACAACGGCAACAGUAACCCUCGGUUGCUCAUUGCCCCCAUCAAAGAAGAAGAUGAAUGGGACAGUCCGCAUAUUGUUCGAUACUAUGAGGUGUUGUCUGAUGCAGAAAUCGAAAGAAUUAAAGACUUAGCCAAGCCCCGGCUGGCCCGAGCAACUGUGCGUGACCCUAAAACAGGUGUUCUAACUGUAGCCCAUUACAGAGUGUCAAAAAGUGCCUGGUUGGACGAUGACGUAGAUCCUGUCGUGCACCGGGUUAACCAGCGGGUAGCAGACAUCACAGGUCUGGAAGUGGAGACAGCCGAGUUACUUCAGGUGGCGAACUAUGGCGUUGGAGGGCAGUAUGAACCUCAUUUUGACUUCUCCAGGCGUCCGUUCGACCGCAACCUUGCGACGGAGGGGAAUAGACUAGCUACAUAUUUAAAUUAUAAAGAGGAACAGGAUGCUUUCAAAGAAUUAGGCACUGGAAAUCGUCUUGCUACUUUUUUAAAUUAUAUGAGCGAUGUCACAGCAGGGGGAGCCACAGUAUUUCCUGACUUUGGAGCUGCAAUAUAUCCAAAGAAGGGAACAGCAGUAUUUUGGUAUAACCUUUUUAGAAGCGGUGAAGGUGAUUAUAGAACACGGCAUGCGGCCUGUCCAGUGUUAGUAGGAAGUAAAUGGGUUUCCAAUAAAUGGAUCCACGAGAGAGGGCAGGAGUUCAAGAGGCCAUGUGGACUGACAGAAGUGGAUUGAACCUGUGGACCAUUCUAUUCCCCCAAUUUAAUUCCAUCCUUUCUUUUAUCAGGACAAGCAAAGUGCCAAUGAUUUGAUUCUCCCUUUUGUGUGCGAAUCAUCUUCUGCAUUCAAUUGACCCCUUCAUCGCAGUGUUGCCUUCUUUCUGUAUUUUUUCUUCUCUUUUCUGAACCCAGACGUACUAUGAUAUUCAAUGAUGAUGAAGAAAAACUUGUGGUAUCUCUUAGUGGUGGUCUACUGUCUACGUGAAGAUAAUUCAUUCUCAGUGUCAACAAAUAAGAACACUUGGGAACGGUAACCCAGAGAAGAGAAAUCUUUUGCUAUGGGGAAAAUAGUGAAUGAAAGUAUUAAAGUAACCACCCUUCACCCUUUCUUCCUACCGACAUCAUUUGUAACAGAGUGCAGUUUGGUCUUGUUGUUCCACCACAUGGAGACAGAUGCAUAAGUCUGCAUCCUGGUUCCAAUACUGGUUUCUUUCCAAGCCAGCCUCCUUGUUUCAUGGCCAUUCUAAUUUAACAGAUCUACUUUCAUGAGAACGGUUUUGUCUUACCAUUCUGUUAGGUCAGAUGUUAUUCUCCAGCAGGCUUACGUUCAGUUUUUCAGCGUCAAACCCAAAUUUUAUUAAUCACUUCCAGAUACUGAUUGGUUGCAGAUCUCAAGAGUUCCCUUUGAGAAUCUAAAUUAAUCUAAAUUGCUGGUAGAAAAGUAAGUCACAAAAAUAAUGCCGCCAACCAAUUUGAUAUAAAAUAGGAAGUGCAGCAAAUGCUAAGCAAGUUAGGGAAUAUCUGUGCAGAGAGAAGCAGAGCUAAUAUUUUGGUCAGGGCUGUCAGGAAAGGUUAUCAGCUUUCUAUGCUGACUGUCUCUCUCCACAGAUGCUGCCUGACUGCUGACUAUUCCCACCAUUUGCCAUAGUGUUUGCUUCAGAACAAAUUUGUUAUUUUUGUUGUCACUGCUUCUCUGACAACCACCGUGAAAUAAGUCCUGAUUCAUAGAUGAACAUGCAGCUAGCAAAAAGGAAGUCAAUCCAAUUUUAAUAGCACUCAUCUUCCAUGAAUAAAAUAAUGAUUGUAAUCACUGUGUGUAUUAAAUAAUUCAUUAAACAAAAUUGUUGAGAUAGAAGUGCAUCUUUGGCUGUGUCAAGUGGAAUGUGACUGAAUUUUGGAAGUGGAUUCUAAAAUUUAUUUGACAUACUUUAUACACAGAGUAUAAACAGUCUAUAGAGAUGGAAUUGUAAAUGCCAUAACCUCCCAUUUUUGUUGCAAGUGACCAAGACUCAAUUAAUAUUUUGGAGCAAACUCAAUGCAUGGCCGAAUAUGUCCACAUUCCUUGACUCCAGAUCAGGGGUUCCCAACUCUUUUUACGCCAUGGACCCCUACCAUUAACCAAGAGGUCCAUGGCCCCAGGUUGGGAACUCCUGCUCUAGAUGCACAGACUGGAAAUGUAAGAUCAGAUAUAUUCUCCAAAACCUGCGCUUAAUUUAAGAAUUGAACAUUAGGAGAGCUGGUAGUGGAAUUAAAUUAGCAAACUGUUGAGCUAUGAAAUCCCGGUAAUUUUGUGUGCUGGAGCACACAGAAAAUGUUGGAUGAAUUCAGCGGGUCAGGCAGCAUCUAUGGAGGGGAAUGGACAGUCAACGUUUCAGGUCAAGACUCUUCAUGAGGAUUGCAGAAUUCACCAGAUCUGAUGAAGGGACUUGACUAGAAAUGUCCACUUUCCAUUUUCCUUCAUAGAUGCUGCCUGACCCACUGAGUUCGUAGAACAUAGAAUGUUACAGCAGAGUACAGACAGUUCGGCCCAGGAUGUUAUGCUGAUUUAUAAUCUGCUCUACGAACAAUCUUACCAUUCUGUCUGACAUAACCUUUCAUUUUUCUAUCAUCGGGUUCAUAUAAGAUUUUUUUAAAUGCCUCCAAUGUAUUUGCCUCUACCACCUCCUCUGACAGGAAGUUCCAUGCACCCACCACUCUCUGUGUAAAGAACUUACUUCUGAUAUCCCCCUUCAAUCACUUUAAGUUAUGCCCCCUUUUAACAUGCUUCACAUCGUGCCUGAUUUGAAGUAUCUGCAGUCUCUUAAUUUAGUUACUGGCCUGAUCUUCCUGUGAUGAUGUCUGUUUUGGAAUCUUAAAUGUUAGAUCAUUCCUUAAGUUAAUUUUUGGAUCACCAUAACAAAGUCAGCUUGAACUGUUUCAAUCAGGUGGGGGCAGCCAUUAGCUUUAAAUCCCAAUUGAUUAUCCAGCCGUGGAAAUAAUGAUAAAACAGAGGUUGAGGGAGAAGCUAAAGGGAGCUCCUAAAGGGAGAAGUGGUGUUCUAAAAGAAUUGAUGCCGGGAGCAGUUAAAAGUUUACUUCCAGUGAAUUGCAUUAGUACUGGGGGAGCGAAGGGUGUAUCUCUCCAUGUGACCCUGUGUUUCUGCUGGGAGCUCGGGAUUCCCCCCACAUCCCAAAGUCAUGCAGCUAGGUUAAUUGGCAAUUGUGAAACAGCCUUAUUUGGCAGGAGAGAAGUGUCAAAAUGAAUCUCAGGGAGUUAAGAGGCAGGUGUUUGAGAAAAUAAGUUGUUGGGGCACAAGGAGAGGAAGGAUGGGUUUGCUGUCCUGGGAGCUGGCAUGGACUGCAGAAACCAAUAGUCUCCUCCUGUCUUACAAGAUAACAGUGGAAAUCAAAAAUAAAACUCUGCAGACACUGGAAAUCCAAAAGCAAAAGGAAAGUGCUGGAAAUACUUAGCAGGUCGGGUGGCAUCUUUGGGAAGAGAAACAGGCACAACAUUUUCAAGUCACAGAUCUGACAAAACAUCUCCCACCUGAAAUAUUGAUCCUGUUUCUCUUCUCGCAGGUAUGGCCUUCCCUGCUGAGUAUUUCAUCUUAAGACAACAAGGGGACAUACAAAACUCAAAAUGGUUUCGGUUUUUGCUGGAGCUUGAUUCCUUCAGUUAAACAGCCCUUGAAGGACUUAAUUCCUACCACAUUAAUAUGAAGAAUAAUAAAAAGUGAUGCAUAACUCCUUGAAGGGAAGAUCUUUAGCCUGGACAUGGUGGUGCAGUUAUUUAACAACCAUUGCUGAUAAUGCACUACAAUCUGAAAUGCAAUAUGCCCUGUUCAUUUCUAUCCUUCAACAACCUUGUGUUGUGAACCAAACCUCAAAUGCUUCUUCACAUCCACCUGAAUGCCAGUUGAGCUGCUAGAGAUGAAAAUUGACAGAGACCAAAAUAUCUCUCUCUCUCUCUCUCUCUCUCACUCUCACUCUCUCUUCCUCUCACUCUCUCUCUCUCUCUAUUCACAGAGUCCACUCAUAGUUUAGGAUUGGAUGAGGUAAAAGAGUGCUUUCUGCCAAACAGUAACUUUGAUCGUGUUUUUGCAAAUUCAGGAAAUUAGUUCUUGUUUAAUAUACCUGUUUACCUCUGAUGUUCCACGUUGCAAAUAUAGUUUAAAUAUAGAGUGAUUUUAUUUCUCAAAUAUAUGUCAAAUCAUAAUUUUAUUGAUUUUGUUAAUAGUAUUUUUGAAUGUAGCACGAAUCCCACAAAAUGAUUAGAGGAAGUUGUCCAACUUUACUGUGCUCAAAUCAAUGAAUAAAAUAAUGAAAUAAGG